CUGGAGGAGACCCGUCGUGCGUUCAAAGAGGCUCAGGAGAGAGUCGCUCGCUCUCAGACCAGCUGCACCAAACUGAGCAAUGAAGUUGAAUGUCUGAAGGUUCACAUCAGGAGGCUUGAGGACAAGAAUGAAAAACUCACCUUUGAAAGGACGUGUUGUGAAGAGAGCAUCAACAAACUGAGGAAGGUCAACGCUGAGCUGAGGGCCGAAUUUGAGGAGACCCUGGUCAUGUUGACUCUGAGAGACAGAGAAAUCUCAAAGAAAGACAUUCUGAUGGAUAAGAUGAAGAACUCUCACGUGGAGAAUCACAGCAGGAUCAUGGAUCUGCAGUCAGAGCUGAUGAGGUUACAGGAACAUUCACACCAAGUUCUUCUGAGGUACGACCGGCACUGCAUCAGUCCUCAGAGUCUCUACAGUCGAGAUCCUCCGAACCACCGCUCCCUGCAGAGCGAGAUGCAGGAUAUGCAGCAGCAUCACAGAGCUCUGGACGACGUAGGCCUCCCAUCCCUCCACAUGCACACUGAUGAUAUUCAGAGCAUCAUUCACAGGAUCAAGAGUACAGAAAUAGCUCAUCUUCUGCAGAAUAAGUUUCCAGAGCGGGACUCUUCUCCUGUAGAAACACAGGAGAGGCCUUUUCCUCAUCGCCAGCAGCAACAGGCAAGCAUCAAGCAGCAGCUUGUCAAUGUGCUGCAGGAGCUGGAGCUGCAGAAGUGUGUGUGGGAGGAGAAAGGGGAGAAGGUGGAGGAGCGGAGGAGAGCCUCAGAGAAGGAGCAAAAGCAAAGCCAAACUCAGAUCCCGGAUGGGAAGAAGGUGGCAGUGGUGAACUGGUGGAGAGCCCUCAGCACGGAGCAGGCUAAGGCCCGCACCAAAGAGACCCAGUCGACCCAGGAGCUCUCUGAAACGCAAGAGAAGCUCCAGCGAGCGGAGAAGACAAUCAGUGAUAUGAGGGAGCAGAUCUGCCACCUGCAAGUUUCUCUCAGAUCUGCACUGGAGUGUGUCUCUGAGCAAAAAAACAGCAGUGGAGUUUGUCAUAUUAACAAAGGGACCAACACUCUGAGAGUAGUGGCGGACAAAGCUGUCGGGACGGUGGUGAGGGAUCAGAGGGAUGCGGUGGUGACCACGGAGAUCACAGGCGGAGCGGCCUCACAGCAGGAGCAAGCGCAGCUUCAGUUGACCACAAGCAGACUUCUGAAGACCCUCAGAAGAAUGGAGGCCAUGGUCGCCAAUGCCUUGGAGAAGGCUGAGCUGGUGAGAGAGAGCGAGCAGCGGGUGAGCCAGGUGAGAGCGAGGAUGGAGAGCAUCACCUAUAGGGUGGAGGAGGCUCUGGGCCGGACAAGUGCCACGGACGAGAAGCUGAAUGUCCUGGAGGAGAGGGUCGCAGAAAAAGAUCCAAACCAGUAUCCAGGUCCAGGUCUGUCGGCUGAUCCUGAACCAGAAGUCACCAGCUUCACAGCUGAGUCCGACGUGGAGCCUGAAACCAGAGAAAGAACAGAGAGUCCUCCUCUGUCACCCAUAAUCCCAGAACUCAGUGAGCCUCCACUCAUGAACGGCAGCACAGGAUGCGGCAGCUGCAGCAAGGAAGAGGAGGAACACUUACUGCAGGAAUCUCCUUCUGAGCAAAGUGACCAUAACUACAAGAAGUCCUGCGACAAGGCCUCUGCUGCUGAGACACCUUUUAUUUUCCCCCACACCCGCUCUCACCCUCCACUGCUCCCCAGCAUGCCCACACUGCCCGAGGAAGAGGAGGAUUCCCCCGAGGAGCUGGACAGUUCCUCCAGUUCUCCCAGCACAUCUGUACCUUGUGAAACACGAACUGUCGUCAUGACUGCUCCCACCAUCGUCUACCCACAGCAGGCCACUAUCAUCCAACAAGAUGGUCGUCCUAUGGAACAGGCCAGGCCGCACAGUCCCAGAGCUCGUGUGACCAGAAACUCCUCUGGAGGACCCAUCACAACAGUCGGUCCUCAGUCGACUCCAACCUCGGCCGGGAACACGGAGGCGAGGGAGAAGUCAGAUGCGAUGCCCAACAUUUCAGACGUGAUGCUGAGAAAACUGAAACUACAUCGGGGUCUGCCAGGCUGUGCACCACCACUGUCUGAGAAGGAGGUUGAGAAUGCAUUUGUCCAGCUGUCACUGGCUUUUCGUAAUGACAACUACACCUUGGAGACGCGGCUCAAACAGGCGGAGAGGGAGAGGAACCUGACUGAGGAAGACACAGAGAAAGAACUAGAGGAGUUCAAAGGAGCGCUGAAGAUGACCUCACCACAGUGGCAGAACCUGGAGCAACGCGAGGCUUACCAGCGCCUGACGGAGACGGUAGCAGUGCUGCACCGCCUGGCCACACGACUCUCCAGCCGGGCAGAGAUCGUCGGAGCAGUUCGACAGGAGAAACGGAUGAACAAGGCCACUGAGGUCAUGAUGCAAUAUGUGGAGAAUCUGAAGCGGACGUAUGAGAAGGAUCAUGCCGAGUUGAUGGAGUUUAAGAAGCUGGCCAACCAGAACUCAAAUCGCUGUUAUGGUGGAACUGUGGACACUGGAGAUGAUGGAGUUGCACGGUCAUCAAGAUCAAUGUCCCUCACCCUUGGAAAGGCUCUGCCCAGACGCAGGGUGAGUGUGGCAGUGGUGCCGAAGUUUAACCUCCUGAACAUCCCAGGUCAGACUCCAGCCACAGCUGGCCCGGGCCCCAACCUGUUAACAGGGCCAAGCCCGUCCUCAGGCCCCAACCCAGCCCUUGGCCCCAGCACGGGACCCACCACUGGUGCUGCUCUUCCUGUCCUGUGUGAAGCAAAUGAUAUGAAAGUCAGCACUCCCACAGAGGCGGUACAACCAGCAGCAGAAUGUGGAAAGAGUGUGCUGGAGCAGGAAAGCGAGCCGGCCAAGCCUGCGGUCAACUUAGAGGAGAUCAGAGCCGAGAUCAGAGCCGAGCUCAAGGCGAAGAUUGAGGAGGAGUCGUACAAUAAAGGAUACCAAGAGGGACUGAAGCAGAGUAAAGUUAACCAAGACGAGAAGCAUGAGGAGGAAAACACUGUGGAGAAACUACUGGAAUCAACAAAUAAAGACGAGGAGAGUGGAAGAAAAAUGAAGACAAACAGGAGGAUGGAGGAGGUCCUGGCUCGUUUUGGUCGCUAUUGUCCCAAGAUUUCCUUGAAUCGGCGACUUCUCUGGAUGGCGCUGACACUGUUCGUUGUGAUGUGUCUGGUCAUCAGUAUUUUUUCAUUCUUCAGUCACUACUACAACAGACGUGAGGACACGUAAAGUACCACAUGAGGUAAAGAUGUUCGGACUGAGUGUAGCGCCACGACCAAAGAACCCUACCACAGACUGACAGAGGCCGAUGUUACUCUUUGUCUCUGUCCAUUUACCAUAUCAUCACACCCGGACUCACUUGAAUCCAUGACCCUGGUUCUGGAGGGUCAGAGGGAGGCGUUACGGUUAAUGUUGCCUUUUCCAUGGUUGAUAGCAUUAAGUUAUUAUUUUGUUUGGAUUUAAAAGUCAACGUAUUGUUUGCUGUGGUGAGUAAAAGAUUCUUUUUGUUAAGGGACCAGUGCAGUAUGAAGAAAUAUAUGUAUUUAAAUAAGAAGCAUACAUAAUGAUUCUGGUUCUGGUAGUUUGGAUGAUGAAUAUGGCAUUUCCAAUUUAAUGCCACAGCAGGAAAAUGUUCUAUUUAUUUCACUAUUAUGUUAAACCUGAAGUUUUGAACUGUAGUAUCCCCCUUCUGGCAGUGAGAGGAAUUACAAAUACACAACAAGACAAUAAUAAAAUAUUUAGGUAGAGCAAAUGCAACAGCUACUUAGCUACUGCAUUCGCUACACAGCAUAGACUGUACUUAAAUAUGGACGACAUGUCUCCACCGCCAAAAAUGUCAUUUGGAGCCAGAGUCGAAAAGCAAGAUCCCGCGUGGAAUCAUUUGGUCCACGUUCCAUCUACUUACAUGGAGGAAGCAUGAUUUAUGGCUUAUACUGCAGCCAGCCACCUGGGGGCGAUCAAGAUGCUUUGGUUUCACUUUUGUUGGAGCAGUCGUCCAUAUUUCUACAGUCUAUGCUACACAGCUGCUAUAUAUAGUUUUGGAGGAGGCUACACACCAAUGGUAGUUUGUGUUUGUCCUUGCCAUCAACUGUUUCCUUUUUAUAACCUUAGGUCCUUCUCUGAACGCAGAAUUUCUUUUUUAUCCGGAGCAUCACUUCCUAAGUUCUACAGCACAUAACCAUCUCCAUCUCCCUCACUGCAGUUGCUCUUCUCUUCAGCUUUGGCACAUUAGCUGGUAGAAGCAAAGUUCAAAACAGACAUUUUUCCAAAGAUGCCAUAUUUCCUGUGAAAUACAGAGAGAAUCACCUGCACCCGAUAGACUUCAUAACAAAUAAUUAACAAGGGCUUGAAUGUGACGAACAUCUUUUUAUAUGUGAAAGCUCCCCACCUCAGCUUUAAAGCGUAAUCUGUUAUGUCCAUUAGAUAAUAAAGAGAAAAUCUGAAUCCUUAUUUAAAGAUAGAAGAAUUAAUUAACUGUUUUGAUCUGUUUUUUUAAGUUCUAUAAUGUGUAUUUAAAGACUUAAAUUUAAAACAUAAGCACAUUCCAGAGUAGUUCCGUAAGUGCAAUAAUUUGCAGUUG